GUCGUUACGUCACUGCCCGGGGUUUUCUAGUGAAGUGAAUCCUACGGCAUUAUGGCGGAGGCCGGUUGGCGGAAGACCCUGGAUUGAAAUGCUAGCUUUCUAUCAUCGCAGUUGACCAUCGAACACUAGACUUUGCUUACAUCUAAAACGGAAAAGGGGGCUUACUGGAUAUUUGGAGAGAGUGAGAAACAACACUGCACCACUGUAACCACAGUGAGUCGUUCGGGGCUUCUCUCCCUAAGUGGGAGAUCGCUAACGUUAAGCUAGCGUAAGCUAGCUUUAAUGCUAGCUAUCAGUAGCUGCUAGCUUACUUGUUUAAUAAAAGAAGAAAGGACCUCUGAAGUGGAAAGGCGGAUUCAGAUAACAAUUUCUCUCGAGUUUCCCGGGAAACAACACCAGGUUAACCACGUCGAACAUAAUACUACAGGUUGCCAAGGUGAAGUCUGCAUAUUGGACUUCAACAUGGCUGGACGCAGUGAGGACGAAAGUGUAAGCAACAGCAGUGGAGAAUCUAGUAAUUCUGAUGAUGAAUCCGGAUCGGGCUCAGCUUCAGGGUCUGGCUCAGACUCGAGUUCCAGCUCCUCCAGCAGCAGCAGCAGCAGCAGCCAGUCAGGAAGCAGCGACUCAGGAAGUGGCUCAGACUCUGGCAGCCAGUCAGAUUCUGACACGGAGAAAUCCAAGAAGAAGGUGGAACCACCAAUUAAGUCAAACAUUGAUGGAGCUGAGUUCUGGAAGUCCAACCCAAGUAUCUUGGCAGUGCAAAGAUCUGCUAUGCUCAGGAAACAGCAGCUUCAGCAGCAGCAGCAGCAGCAACAGCAGCAUAAAGAAAACUCCUCAAAUACUGGAUCAGAUGAGGACACAUCAAGUAGUGAUGAAUCUGACUCGUCAAGUGGCUCCAAAAGGAGAAGAAAUUCGGGCUUGUCUGACUCUGGAUCGGGGAGUAGUUCUGGAUCAAACUCAACAGCAGAAGACAACAGUGAUGAAACCGCAUCAGACUAUGAGCCUGGUCACAAAAUCAAAAGCAGAAAACCUCCAACCAAGAUGAAUUUCCGGAAUGGGAAGAAAAGUAGCACCCAGAGGAAGAAAAGCCAGAAGUGUUCAUCCUCUGAGGACGAGGAUGAUAACUACAAAAAAGUGGCAUGUACAGGGCCACGGCGGCAGGCCACAGUCAACAUCAGCUACAAGGAAGAUGAGGAGCUGAAGACAGACUCAGAUGAUCUGGUGGAAGUUCUUGGUGAAGAUGUCCCACAGACUGAGGAGGAUGAGUUUGAAACACUGGAGAAAGUGAUGGACAGCAGGAUAGGAAGGAGGAGAGCAACUGGAAGUGCCACCACUGUAUAUGCUGUAGAAGCAGAUGGGGACCCUAAUGCCAACUUCAGCCCCAACAAAGAGGCUGGUGAGAUCCAGUAUUUGAUAAAGUGGAAAAACUGGGCCCAUAUCCACAACACUUGGGAGACAGAGGAGACACUUAAGUUACAAAACGUCAAAGGCAUGAAGAAACUGGACAAUUUUAAGAAGAAGGAACAGGAAAAAAAGAAAUGGUUAAAGGCAGCUUCACCAGAGGAUAUAGAGUAUUUCAAUUGCCAGGACGAAUUGAUGAAUGACUUGCACACUCAAUACCAGCUAGUAGAGCGGAUCAUAGGACAUUCAAACCAGAAGUCAGCUGCCGGUUACCCAGACUAUCUGUGCAAGUGGCAGGGUUUACCAUACUCCGAGUGUAGCUGGGAGGAUGGUGCUCUGAUUGCAAAAAAGUUCCAGAAAUGCAUCAGUGACUACAUGAGCAGAAACCAAUCCAAGACCAUUCCAUUCAGAGACUGCAAGGUGCUAAAACAGAGACCCAGGUUUGUGCCCAUGAAGAAGCAGCCAACUUACAUAGGUGGGGAUGGACUGGAGCUCCGAGACUACCAACUGGACAGUUUGAAUUGGAUGGCCCACUCCUGGUGCAAAGGCAACAGCUGCAUUCUUGCUGAUGAGAUGGGUUUAGGGAAGACCAUUCAGACCAUCAGCUUCCUCAACUACCUUUUUAAUGAGCACCAGCUGUAUGGGCCCUUCUUGUUGGUUGUGCCUCUUUCUACACUAACCUCUUGGCAGAGAGAAAUCCAGCUCUGGGCCCCUCAGAUGAAUGUUGUGGUCUACCUGGGAGACAUCAACAGCAGGAACAUGAUCAGGACACAUGAGUGGAUGCAUGUUCAUAGCAAGAGACUGAAAUUUAACAUCCUCCUCACAACAUAUGAGAUUCUUCUCAAAGACAAGUCAUUUUUGGGCAGUGUUAACUGGGCCUUCAUUGGAGUGGAUGAGGCACACCGACUGAAGAACGAUGAUUCCCUACUCUACAAGACCAUGAUUGACUUCAAGUCCAAUCACAGGCUUCUGAUCACAGGAACACCACUGCAGAACUCCCUGAAAGAGCUGUGGUCCCUGCUGCACUUCAUUAUGCCUGAGAAGUUUCACUCUUGGGAGCUGUUUGAGGAGGAGCAUGGUAAAGGUAGGGACUCAGGCUACACCAGUCUGCAUAAAGAGUUGGAACCUUUUCUGCUACGUAGAGUCAAGAAGGAUGUGGAGAAAUCUCUUCCUGCCAAAGUGGAGCAGAUCCUUCGAGUGGAGAUGAGUGCUAUUCAGAAACAGUAUUACAAAUGGAUCCUGACCAGGAACUACAAGGCUCUGAGUAAAGGUACCAAAGGUAGCACGUCAGGUUUUCUGAACAUCAUGAUGGAGCUGAAGAAAUGUUGUAACCACUGUUACCUUAUCAAGCCUCCAGAGGACAACGAGUUCCUCAACAAAGCUGAAGCCUUACAGCAACUGAUCCGUUGUAGUGGGAAGCUAGUUCUGUUGGAUAAAUUGCUGGUGCGUUUGAAGGAGCGAGGCCACAGAGUUCUUAUCUUCUCCCAGAUGGUACGAAUGCUGGAUAUCCUGGCUGAAUACCUGAGGUGCCGACAGUUCCUCUUUCAGAGAUUAGAUGGCUCCAUUAAAGGGGAGAUGAGGAAGCAGGCAUUGGACCAUUUUAAUGCUGAAGGCUCAGAGGAUUUCUGCUUUUUGUUAUCAACACGUGCGGGUGGUUUGGGUAUCAAUCUUGCAUCAGCUGACACGGUAGUCAUCUUUGACUCAGAUUGGAACCCACAGAAUGAUCUGCAGGCUCAGGCCAGAGCCCACAGAAUUGGACAGAAAAGACAGGUGAAUAUCUACCGCUUGGUGACAAAGGGUUCAGUGGAGGAGGACAUUAUUGAGAGGGCAAAGAAGAAAAUGGUACUGGACCACCUUGUCAUUCAGAGGAUGGAUACUACAGGGAAGACUGUCCUGCAUACCGGUGCUGCUCCCUCAAGUUCUGCACCAUUCAAUAAGGAGGAACUUUCCUCAAUCCUGAAGUUCGGUGCUGAGGAACUUUUCAAGGAGGCAGAGGGUGAGGAGCAGGAGCCUCAGGAAAUGGACAUUGAUGAGAUUCUCAAAAGAGCUGAGACCAGGGAGAAUGACCCUGGACCCUCCACAGUGGGAGAAGAACUGCUGUCUCAGUUUAAGGUAGCCAACUUCUCCAUGAUGGAAGAUGAAGAAAUAGAUAUAGACUCUGAGCGAAGUCAGCGGAGUUGGGAUGACAUUAUUCCUGAGGAGCAGAGGAGGAGGAUGGAGGAGGAAGAGAGACAAAAGGAGCUGGAGGAAAUCUACAUGCUGCCACGCAUGAGAAAUUGUGCCAAACAGAUAAGCUUUAACUCUAGUGAGGGCCGGCAAAGCAGGAACAGGCGAUACUCAGGGUCUGACAGCGACUCGCCCUCAGACCGAAAGAGGCCAAAGAAACGAGGACGGCCUCGAACCAUUCCACGAGAAAAUAUCAAGGGUUUCACUGAUGCUGAGAUACGAAGGUUUGUCAAGAGUUACAAAAAAUUUGGAGGACCACUGGAAAGGUUGGAUGCUAUUGCUCGUGAUGCUGAACUUGUGGAUAAGUCUGAGCAUGACCUGAAACGCUUGGCAGAGACUGUUCACAACGGCUGUAUGAGAACACUACGGGAAAACCCCUGUGGACCAGAGAAGACCUCAGGAGGCAGAAGAGGGAAGGUGAAAGGCCCUACAUUCAGGAUCUCUGGAGUCCAAGUGAAUGCUAAGCUUGUUAUCUCCCACGAGGAGGAGCUGGCUCCACUUCACAAAGCCAUUUCUGCUGACCCUGGGGAAAGAAGUAAAGCUUCUGCUACGUAUAUGAUUCCAUGUCACUCAAAGGCAGCACACUUUGACAUUGAGUGGGGGAAGGAGGAUGACUCCAGCCUCCUUAUAGGAAUCUAUGAGUACGGUUAUGGCAGCUGGGAGAUGAUCAAGAUGGACCCGGACCUUAAUCUCACACACAAGCUCCUGCCAGAUGACCCUGACAAGAAGCCACAGGCCAAACAGCUACAGACCAGAGCAGACUACCUCAUCAAGUUACUGAGCAAAGACCUGGCCAAAAAAGAAGCUCAGAAGCAAGCAGGAACAGCCAGUUCACGUAAGAGGAAACCAAGAAGUAAAAAAAGCAAAACUUUCAAGCCAACAAAGACAGAUGAGCUGAUGAAGAGCCCGUCCUCAGAUCCAACAUCAGACAAGAUGUCAGACGAUGAGGAUAAAACUGUGGAGGAAAAGACCGAGGUACGUGAACGAACAAAGAAAGCCUCGGACAUGCCUGUCCAUAUAACGGCAAGUGGAGAAAACAUGCCAGUGUCUGAUGAAUCUGAGGAACUAGACCAGAAGACCUUCAGUGUGUGUAAAGAGAGGAUGCGGCCCGUGAAAGCAGCCCUGAAGCAGCUGGACAGACCAGAGAAAGGGCUGUCGGAGCGUGAGCAGCUUGAACAUACAAGACAGUGCCUCAUAAAGAUUGGAGACCACAUCACAGAGUGCCUGAAGGGGUAUUCGAAUCCCGACCUCAUCAAACAGUGGCGAAAAAACCUGUGGAUAUUUGUUUCCAAAUUCACUGAGUUUGAUGCCAGGAAAUUACAUAAAUUGUAUAAGCAUGCAGUCAAGAAGAGACAAGAGAAUGCCCAGUUUUUCCAGGCAAUGGAGCAGAACGCUAGAAGUAUAAACACCCACAGCUAUAAACACGCAGAUAUUGAAAGGCUGAAGGACAACUCUCACCAGGAUGAGAGCAGCAGGGACAGCUACAGCUCAGAAAGGCAUCAGGCCUCAGGUCGAUACCAUGAGAGCAGCAGCACCAAGGAGAGAGACAGCUCAGAAUCAUACAGGAGGAGUGGAGGAGAGUCCAGGAAAAGAGCAUACUCCUCCUUCAGCAAUGGUAAAGACCACCGAGACAGAGAAAACUACCGAACAGACAGCAAGGACAGAGACAGACAGGACAGAUACUACAGUGACAGUAAGCACAGGAAGCUGGAGGAAUUCCGCACCACCCGCCGCCACCACUCAGACUGGCAGACAGAGCAGCGAGCCUCAGCCAGUGCGCCUCGCUCUCCUCGAGACCAGCGCUCACCUUAUGACCCCCGUUCACCAAUGGGACACCGCUCACCUUUCGACUACUCAUCAGACAAUAAGAGCACACCAGAGCAGAUCUGGAGCAGCCGCAAGACAUAACAGGACCUGCCUGGGUCUGCUAGUAGCAGCCAUAGACUCAGAAACACAGCAAAUGCCUUACAGGACUGUUAGCUCCAACCUGAAGCUGUUUGAAGCACUGUGUAUCAGUCAGUUCAGCAUGGCUGUCCUUCUUGCUUCAGUUCAUCUCGCGAACCUCGGAGAUUAACGCCAGUAUGCGGCUCAAACCAGGUAGCAGCUAGAAAAAAAAAAAAAAAAAAAAAAAAAAAUUCAAAGCAUAUUUUUGUACUUAAGAAUAUAAAGCUGCAUUGUUGUGUAAGCUCAACAGUACGCAGCACAUUUUUUUUAUUUUUAUAAACUUUUUUUUUUGUUUUUUUUUAAACUCCAGAAAUGGACACAAUUGACCCUGAGUGCUGCCUCAUAUUCCUACAAAACCAUGACACUGGAUCUUGUAAUUGACUCUCUGUGUUCAUUUAUCUCUGUCUUUAUAUCAUUGUAAUGUGAUUAUAUAGCUUAUUUAAGUGUUAAUUCAAACAGAAAUCGGUUGUCAAAUGAAUCACAUCACAGGAUGAUAAGGUUAAAUCGAGUCUGGAUGCUCAUUACCUGAAGUACCUCAUUUACAGCAUUUCUCCUUUCCUCAGCAGGUUUCCUUUCUUUUUAGGUGUGAAUUAUUUAAUAAUAUAUCUGUUUAAACAAAAUAAAAUAACUCUUUUUUUUUUUUUUUUUUUUUUUUUUUUUUAAGG